AUAGUGGAUGUUGUUUAUCUGGACCACAAAAACAGCAGGAUCAGAGGCACAGCAGUGGCUGCAGUGGUUUAUGACAACGGGAAAGCCGAGUUCUGGAAGUUUCAAGACUGCAAGGUUGGAUGGCAUCUCCUCCAGACAUCCGACCUGUGCAACAGCCCCCGGGCCAAAGUGGUGUCUGUCUGCGCUUCCUCCCAACUCCUCAUCUGGUACGAGACUAUGAGGUGGAGGAGGGCGCCGUCAUCUUGGGAGGAGUGAAAAUCACCCUCCACAGUAGCCCCAAAGUUGCCGUGCUUCGCUCCGGCGAAUGUGUGCAUCUUCUUCCUGACGUGAAGGCGAAACCGCCGUGGAGCAUCUCCAAAUUCUUCUUAACCUGGUUGCCUCACCGUGACACGUUCACGGUGAACACCACGUGCAAUAACACCCCCGUUAAACACGUUUCAGCCAGAGAGUCGGACUUUAAAAGGCUGGUGACUGACUGCAUGGGGUAUUUAUCAAUUCUUGAGCCACCAGAGAUUCUGAACGUCACCCCCACGGGCUGUGGAGGCCUGCUCCUGCUGCUCAGCACAGGCUGGAUCUGUCUCCUGCAGAAAGAUGGGAUUCUGCGUCGGGUCUACAAACUCGCAGAGAACUGCUUUGUCCAGCACCAAGGUCCCACCAGCAUGUGCGUAUUCCAGGACACCCUGGCACUUAUAAUAGAAGAAAAACUCUACCUGGUUGACAUAAAGUGUGGCAAAGAGUUGGAAAAGAUUCUGUUGAAAAAAAAUGGGUUGUUAUACAUAAACCAGGAUGUCAGGCAGACCCCACAUUUGCUGUCAGAAAACGGCCUGUUCGUGGUAGCAAACAAGGAAACGGAGUGUAAAGACUGCAGCUCAAAGAGGAAGCUGUCCGGUUCCACUGCGGUGAAUCGAGCGCACUCUGGAGCCGUGCUGGUGGAGGCUGUGUUUGAGGAAGCAUGUAAAUACUACCAGCAGAGGAGCCUGAGCAGCACCCAGCUCACCGUGGAGGCGCUGAAGAAAGGGGGCAGGUUCCAGGCUCCCAUCUCUUUAGCCUCCAUUCUCAGGAACUACCUAUGCAGCACAAGUUUGAGGCGGGGUGGUGCAGAACUGUCGCAGAACGGGUGGGGGGAAUGUAAUGCCGGGCAGGACAAACUGAUGUGCUCCCUGGAGGCCGAACUCAGGGCUUUGGUCUCCCUGGAGGAGGUGAAAGGGGGUUUAGUGAAGGGAAGCGCUAAAGAGGUGGAGACCAUGUGUUACACUCUGGUGGAGAAAGAAGUGGUGAGGCUUCUGUCCAUCUCUGACUUGGAUAAAGAUUCUCUGACUUACCUGAACUCCCUCUUCAGCAUCUUCCCCUGCCAGGCCUGGAAGGCUGUACAGGUUGCACUACAACUGCACUACAACGGUGAAGGAUCUCUGUCCAGCAAAGCUCCCCCUGACAUGUGGAAGUGUGUCCUCAGUCCUGCUCUGCACUCCAGCUCCACAGCCUCCCUCCUGCUCUCUAACGGCCAGCCGAAGCACAGUCGCAGCCUGAAAGGGGACCAAAACUGCAAGCCCAGAGCAGGAGCGGCCUCCUCCCCAGCUGUCCUCCCAGUGUUUGAGCUCCUCUGUCAGUCAGUCUUCCACUUCCAACCCAGCUGGCUGCCCAAGUUCCUCCAGCUGGCCCAGCAGCAGCAGGGCUCUGCCGGACUGGGCUUGCCUCUGGCUUCGUCCUCCUGGAGCUUCUCCGGUGGAAGAGGAAGGGAGGCUGGGGAGAACCACGUACCUCUCUACAAACGAGCACUUUGCAUCUUGUUCAGCUCCAGCCCAGACAGAAACCGCCACCAAGACUUGGAGGUGGAGCUCCUGCUGGUAAGUGAGCGCCCCAAUGCGGUUCUCCAGGCGCUGAGGAUCCUCAUGGGCAAGCAGCAGUGGGAGAAGGUCAUGCAGGUCGCCCAGGAGUUCUGCAAACAGGGUCCGCUCCUCAACAAGGAGAUUUUCACUACUUUGCUGUGCGAGGUGUCUCACCACAGAGAUCUGGAUCCCUACCUGGACCUGUUGUGGGCGUUGUGCCCUGAGGACUUCACAGUCACCACCAUCCUUAACUUGGUGCUCAAAAACCUCCCUUCUUCUAACUCUCCCACCGUCCCUUCCUCUCUCUACGCAUCCUGCCCUCCAUCUCCUCCUCCUUUCGUGGAGUCCUGCAGCAGCCAGCUGACCGUCGGGCUGCUGAAGCCUCUGUUGAGGAAAGUGCUGCAGAGGGAAACCAAGCCCAGCCAGCGCUACGCUGAUAUCCUGCAGUCGCCGUCGUAUCCCCCUCCAGCCCUUCCUCGCCACCCCACCAAUCAGUCCAGCAUCAGCAGGGACCCCAGCAUGGACUCGGCGCCGCGCGGCAACAUCACCCCGACAUCUUCUGCAGAAUCGCAGUCCACGCUCACGGACCUCCGAAGAGACAAGGUGACACUUCCGGCUAACCCUGUAGGAUCUGCGUAAACAAGGUUCACUUAACUGACAUUUUGGCUUUUUUAAACAUAUGACUACUAAGAACUACAAAAAAACUACUGAAUAUCCUCUUAGUGUAAAUACUGCAGGUCCUUUUAAUACUAAAUAUAAAUGUGUAAGAGCUAUCUGUAUUAUUUAUGUCUUGAAGCCUUAACUGCACCCUUCUAGCUUUAACUCCUAUCAGACUACACUCAUAUUGGUAAAUAUGUAUUAUUAAAGCAGAAGUCGUUAAUUCUGCACUAAUUGCAACAAUCAGUAUGGUGAAGUUCUAAGCUCUUCAUGCUUAUCUGCACAGACAUGGAAAGAUUCCUGCAUGAAGUGACUUGGUGUGAAAACAGCCACCAGAACAGAACAAGAGGAGAAACUCCGGGUUUAUUGUGUUGUGUUCAGAUGGCGUUGAGCCCUUUCACUUACAGUCAUGCUGAAUUGAUUGAAUUGAAAUAAACCGGUUUUUGUUUUGAGUGAAGGUUGCUUUGGAGUGGAGCUGCAUGUGGGGGUCAAGGUUCCCUUCCAGCUUUCAGUUUGGAAUUAAGAGGGCUUAAACAUUAACCUCCUUCUUAGUGGCUAUGGACGGUAAACCCUGACAGGAGAUGCGCCUCCUUAUUCCGAGGUCUGUUUUUCCUCUUCUGCCGUCUUCUCAUGGAAUAUUCUAAAAAACCUUGGGCUAAAUGGCUCAGAGUAGGACUUUAAAUUCAAUUUUAGUGGUAAUCUGGUUAGAACCGGAGUGUGUUUGGGACGCUAACACAAGUACCCUACUGCCUUCGUAAGACCCCAUGUUCCCUGCAAAAGUUUGCCUUUUUAUUAUUCUUACAUUACAUCUUUCAAUACUGUUUAAAUCAUGUUUUAAAGCUUUUUUUUUGGUCCAGAUGAGACAUUCUUAUGUGAUCCAAACUGCCUCUUAAGUCUUAAAAAUGCCACAUUUGAAUGUAUUAUUUAGCUCUUUUUAGGCAAAGAAUGUGCCUUUUUUACCUAAAUGUGGAGCCAUAUGCAACAAAAGCCUUAUUUAUUUGUAACAAGACUUCUAAUGUGUCCAUUUGUGUGCAAAGUGACAAAAAUGCUGCAGAAUUGUAUACAGCACUGCGUUUUUCAUUUACAAGCUAGUGUCAGAUUUCUGCAGCUCUUCAUCACUUUCCUCUUAUUUCACAGAGAGCUGGAUCUGAGGGUUUGCUGGCUUUGUUGUGGGAUGAAAAAUCUUUGACUUCUAAGUGUUGCGGCUAAUAAUGCUUGCCUUCGACUGACAUAAUCAGUCCCAGUAAGAAAGCCAGUCUUUUCUACUUGUGCUCGUCAUUCCACGCUCUGCCUCUGCUUGAAGAAGCACGGCGAACCUUUCACUGAGGAUCACACACAAACAGAUUCACUGGAAAGUCCCCGACUUCCUCACAAAGGGCUCUCAUGUUCAUUUCAGAAAUUAACUUAGCCUUUAAUAGGAAUCCUUUUUUCAAAUAUCCAUCUGUUCGGAAAAAAGUCACUGUAUAUGUAACAAGUAUUUAUGAGCAAAUGCUAUUAAAACUGUACCAAACCUC